UUCAUAAUAUUAAAAAUGACUGAUAAAAUCAUAUAUACGGCCAAUGAUGUUCGUCAAGCAUUUAUAGACUUUUUCGUUGAUAAACAACAUUCGUAUCAUCAUUCAUCUUCUGUGAUUCCUUAUGAUGAUCCAACACUUUUAUUUACAAAUGCUGGAAUGAAUCAAUUUAAACCUGUAUUUCAAGAGACUGUAGAUCCAAAUAGUGAUUUGGGUAAAUUGAAGAGAGCAGUUAAUACACAAAAAUGUAUUCGCGCUGGAGGGAAACAUAAUGAUUUGGAUGAUGUUGGAAAAGAUGUUUAUCAUCAUACUUUUUUUGAAAUGCUUGGAAAUUGGUCUUUUGGUGAUUAUUUUAAGAAAGAAAUUUGUACGUGGGCAUGGGAGUUUCUCACAAAUUGGCUACAAAUUCCGCCAGAACGUUUAUAUGUUUCGUAUUUUGGUGGCGACUCCUCUGCUGGACUUGAACCCGACGAGGAAUGCAAAAAAAUUUGGCUUUCUCUUGGUGUAAAUCCAAAUCAUCUUCUCCCUUUCGGAAUGAAGGACAAUUUUUGGGAAAUGGGUGAUACUGGCCCUUGUGGUUCUUGUUCUGAAAUUCAUUAUGAUAGGAUUGGAAAUAGAGAUGCUUCUUCUCUUGUAAAUGCUGACGAUCCAAUGGUUGUAGAAAUUUGGAAUUUAGUUUUUAUUCAAUUUAAUAGUUAUGUUCUCCGUCGAAUUUUACGUCGUGGGGUUCGUUAUGCAACAGAAAAAUUAAAUGCAAAACCCGGAUUUUUUGCUUCUCUUGUUCCUGUUGUUAUUGAAAUUUUGAUUCCUUAUGAUGAUCCAACACUUUUAUUUACAAAUGCUGGAAUGAAUCAAUUUAAGCCUGUAUUUCAAGAAACUGUAGAUCCAAAUAGUGAUUUGGGUAAAUUAAAGAGAGCAGUUAAUACACAAAAAUGUAUUCGCGCUGGAGGGAAACAUAAUGAUUUGGAUGAUGUUGGAAAAGAUGUUUAUCAUCAUACUUUCUUUGAAAUGCUUGGAAAUUGGUCUUUUGGUGAUUAUUUUAAGAAAGAGAUUUGUACGUGGGCAUGGGAGUUUCUCACAAAAUGGCUACAAAUUCCGUCAGAACGUUUAUAUGUUUCAUAUUUUGGUGGCGACUCUUCUGCUGGACUUGAACCUGACGAGGAAUGCAAAGAAGAAGGGGGUUUAUUAAAAUCCCUUCCUAAUAAACACAUUGAUUGUGGACUUGGACUUGAACGUUUAGUGGCUGUUGUACAAAAUAAAAUUUCAAAUUAUGAUACGGAUUUGUUUACACCUUUGUUUCAAGCAAUUCAUGAGUCUACUGGUAUUCGCGAAUAUGAAGGGAAAGUUGGUACUGAAGAUAUUGAUGGUAUUGAUAUUGCUUAUCGUGUUGUAGCUGACCAUAUUAGAACUUUAACAGUUGCUUUAGCGGAUGGAGGGGUUCCUGACUCGACUGGAAGAGGUUAUGUUCUUCGUCGAAUUUUACGUCGUGGAGUUCGUUAUGCAACUGAAAAAUUAAAUGCCAAACCCGGGUUUUUUGCUUCCCUUGUUCCUGUUGUUAUUGAAAUUUUGGGUAUCACAUUCCCAGAAUUAAAAAAGGAUCCUUCAUCAAUUACUGAACUUAUAAACGAAGAAGAGGCUCAAUUUCUCAAAACUUUACGUCGUGGGCAAAUUCUUUUCGAAAAAGCAGUUAAAACAUUGCCUGCUGAUUCUAAAACAAUUUCUGGACAAAUUGCUUGGCGUCUCUAUGAUACCUAUGGAUUUCCAAUUGAUUUAACUUCAUUGAUGGCUGAGGAGAAGGGUCUUAGCAUUGAUUAUGUUGAUUAUGAGGAGUGUCGAAAAAAGGCUAUUGAACUUUCUUCUUCUGGUGCUACUUUUAAACUUCAAGAAACAUUAAAUCUUGAUGUACAUACAUUAGAAGCACUUAAACGUGAAGGAGUUCCCCCAACAGAUGAUUCGCCAAAAUAUAUUUAUGAUUUUGAUGGACAAUUAAAUUGGAAAGCUUCUUAUAAUUACCAAAUGUGUAAUGGAAAAAUAUUGAAAAUACGAGUUGGAAGUGAAUUUGUUGAUAAAAUAGAGUCUGGACAGGAAGGGGCAUUAUUACUUGACAGGACUUGUUUUUAUGCAGAACAGGGUGGUCAAAUUUAUGAUACAGGAUUAUUUACAAAAAUUGGAGAUGAGGACGUUGGCUUUUCUGUUACGAAUACACAAAUUCGUGCUGGUUAUAUUUUCUUUUUUGGAGUAGCUGAUGGUGUUCUUUGUGUUGGAGAUGAAUUAAAACAACAAUUUGAUGAGUCACGUCGUUGGCUUAUAAUGAAAAACCACACUGGUACACACGUACUUAAUUAUGCAUUACAACAAGUAUUACAAACUGUGGACCAGAAAGGAUCUUUGGUAGCUCCUGAUAGAAUGCGUUUUGAUUUUUCAUCAAAACAGGCACUUGGUGUUGAUCAAGUUAAAAAAGUUCAAGAACAUGCUCAAACAUUAAUUAACACAAAAGGACAAGUAUAUACAAAAGAAUGUGUGUUGUCUGAAGCUUUGAAUAUUAAUGGAUUGCGAGCUGUUUUUGGCGAAACAUAUCCAGAUCCUGUUCGUGUUGUUUCUGUAGGUAUUCCAAUUGAACAACUUUUGGAAAAUCCUAGCAGUGAUUUGGGCAAUAAAACAUCUGUUGAAUUUUGUGGGGGAACUCAUUUACGCAAUGUUUCGCAUAUUGGUUCAUUAGUAAUUACAACAGAAGAAGCAAUCGCCAAAGGUAUUCGUCGAAUUGUUGCAAUUACUGGGCCAGAAGGAGAAAAGUCUUUACAAAAUGCUGAGAAAUUGACCAAAAAUUUAAAUGAAUUAAUUGAAAUGGCAGAAAAAGAAUAUGAAGAGAUUGGAAAAGAAUGGAAUGAAGAAAGAUUGAAAAAACUUGGAAAAUGUAUUACUGACUUUGAAGAGAAAAUAAAUAAUCAACAAUUGUCGUAUAUCCAAAAAGAUGCUCUCCGUGAAAGUAUUAAAAAAAUUAGGAUGAAUAUGAAAAAAUUAAAAAAGAAUUCAAAGAAAGUAGAGGAUAAUGCAGAAAUUAAUGAAAAUAAUAAAAAAGGAAAUAAGAAGAAUAAUAAAAAGGAAGAGAAAAAAGAAUUAAAUAAUAAAGAAGAAAUUAAAAAUAAAAUUAAAGAACCUUUUUUGAAAAUAAGUCUUGUUUAA